AUGCCUCUGUCCACCGUCGGCGUUUUCGGCAGAAACGCCGCGCCCUGUCUGGAGAUCAAGCCCGAGUCGCCUUUUGUCGUCUUCUAUGGCGAGAGUGCAGAGAGCCACGAGACGGAGCUGAGGGGCAAGUUGGUGCUCAACAACCCAGAGCCCAUUUCGGUGCGCAGUGUACGCAUCACGCUGACGGGCACGCGAAAAGUCUCGUACGCACACCCCCGAGCGACUGGCAAGCCGAUAACGCAAAAGAGCAACUUCCUCGUCCAAGACGUCCACCUGUUCCCCGUCGAGGGCACCAACAAGAACAAGUCGCACAAGAUCUGCGCGGGCUACCAUGAGUGGGCCUUUGCCUUCAAGAUGCCCAGCCACAUCGACCAGAGCGUCGAGGGCCUACCCACCAACUGGGUCGUCUACAACCUCAAGGCGCACGUGGACCGCGGAUACAUGAGCAAGCAUCUCUCUGCCUCGUCCCACAUUCGCGUCAUCCGCACCCUCGGACGCGACAUGCUCGAGACGCAGCCCAUGGAGCAGAUCAACGAGGACAUUUGGGCCAACAAGCUGGCCUACAAGAUUACGGUGCCGCAGAAGAACUACAUCAUCGGCACCAACAUCACGGCCGACUUUGUGCUGAUACCGCUGAGGAAGGGGGUGCAGAUUUCGACCAUCAAGAUGGAGCUGAUUGAGUCGCGCCAGCUGUUUGCCGACUAUGCCGGCCGUCGGAUCAGCCACCAGACGGAUGUGCAGGUGGCCGUCACAGAGGCCGACAUGCCAGCCAGCUCUGCCCAACUGGUUCCCGAGGGCGUCGAGGACACGGACGCCCUCUUUGACGAGUCCCACCGCUUCUCCAUGACGCUCAACCUCCCACGCUCGCUCAAGAGCUGCCGGCAAUCCGUCGACACGGAGAACAUUCGGCUGACGCACAAGCUGCGGUUGUUUGUCAACCUCAAGAACCCAGAAGGGCACACGAGCCAGCUGCUGGUCAAGAACCACGUCCACCUCUUCAUCUCGCCCAAUCUCCCACCCAACGAAGACCAGAGCGUCGUCGUCGACGCCAACAUCCUCAACCAACAAGCCAUCCAAGACCAGGCCGCCCAAAACGCCCCUCCGACCUAUGGCCUCCACCAGCUCGACGAGCUCUACAACGACAUCGACCCCUCGGGCUUCAUGACCCCGGGCGGCUUUCACUCGGUGAUGAACAGCGGCGCCAACACGCCGUUUUAUGCGCAGUCUCGAAGUGGAUCCGCCGAAGACCUUGCCUCGCUCGAUGCCGUCGCCCACCAACGGGGCGGCGGUGCGUCUGCGAUUGCCCUCCAACACCGUCUCCAGAAUCUCGACAUGUCGCACGCCGAGCACACCUCGCGCUUUGCCUCGCACACGCCACGCGGCCAGCAAUCCUCGGGCGACAGCACGCCCGCACACUCGCAAGACGGCGCGUACUUUGAUCUGCCCGCCGCAAACCCGUCGUACGACAUGGCCGCGCUCGCACGCAUACCGAGCUACAACACGGCCGUGCGCACGCCCGUCUACGGAUCCCCCGUCGGCGUCGACAUGGCGCUCCCGAGCUACGAGAUUGCAACGAGCCGGCCGAGUAGCCCGAGCCGCAGCCGGGGCAGCAGAGGUACGACGCCCAGUCCGGCGCGCAGUCUGGACACGCUGAAUGAGGAGACGUAUCGGAACACCCAGCAUAAUUCGCAGAGGCAGAGUCCGCGGACGAGUGAUGAUGGAAGGUAA